UGUCGCUUCCUGCUUCAUAGGAGCGGCUCGGUUUCGUUCAUUACGACCGGUGUGUGCAGGAGUUUAUAAUGGUUAUUAUUUGAAGAGACCAGCAGAGAUUCGGAGUUGAGGAGGCUUGAACCUCCUUCGUCUUCUCAGCUUCUCAGCACUCGGUACUCUCAGUCACUGAAUUACAGUAAAAAUGCAUUUGGCCGUGCUCGUAUUUGCCUCGGUGCUCCCUGUGACCACCUUAGCCCUGGACAAUGGAGUAAUGAGGACCCCUCCCAUGGGCUGGUUGGCAUGGGAACGAUUCCGCUGUGAUAUUGACUGUGACCAUGACCCCAAGAACUGCAUCAGUGAGAAUCUGUUCAUCGACAUGGCAGACAGACUCUCAGAGGACGGCUGGAGGGAACUUGGGUACGUCUAUGUGAACAUAGAUGACUGCUGGUCCUCCAUGGAGAGAGACAAGGAAGGCCGGCUGCAGCCUGACCCAAAGAGAUUCCCGGGAGGCAUCCACAAGUUGGCACGCUACAUGCACGACAGGGGUCUCAAGCUGGGGAUCUACGGGGACAUGGGCACACACACCUGUGGGGGCUACCCUGGCACCCCACUGGACAAGAUCAAGAUAGAUGCUCAGACCUUUGCUGACUGGGAGGUGGAUAUGUUUAAAUUUGAUGGCUGUUAUUCUAAUGCCACUGAGCAGGAGCAGGGUUACCCUCUCAUGUCAAAGGCUUUAAACGCUACAGGCCGUCCCAUUGGCUACUCCUGCAGCUGGCCCGCCUACCAGGGUGGCCUGCCACCGAAGGUAAACUACACUCAGUUGGGUGAGAUCUGCAACCUGUGGCGUAACUAUGGCGACAUCCAGGACUCUUGGGACAGUGUCCUGAACAUUAUUGACUGGUUCUUUGAAAAUCAGGAUGUUCUGAUACCUGUAGCCGGCCCUGGAAGAUGGAACGACCCUGAUAUGCUGAUAAUUGGUGACUUUGGCCUCAGCAUGGACCAGUCCCGUGCUCAGAUGGCUCUGUGGGCAAUUAUGGCCGCUCCUCUUUUCAUGUCCAAUGACCUGCGCACCAUCAGCAGUGGGGCCCGCAGCAUCCUGCAGAACAAAAUGGCCAUCAGCAUCAACCAGGACCCGAUGGGCGUUCAGGGAAGACGAAUUGUUAAGGAGAAGAGUGGCAUUGAGGUGUUCUGGCGCCCCCUGUCAAGCAAUGCUAGUGCCUUGUUGUUCUUCAGUCGUCGUAAUGACAUGCCCUACCGCUACCAGACUUCCCUGAGUAAACUCAACUACACCACCGGCAGCUACAAGAUCUUUGAUGUGUUCACUGGCAAGACCACGAUGCUGAAAGACUCCACUGACUUUGUGGUGUCAGUGAACCCCACAGGUGUGGUCAUGUGGUAUGUCUCUCCACCUGCCAAACUGAACCUCCACCAGUUCUACAACGGUGGCAAACUCCGGGGAUCUGCCCGCAAUGAUGAUGCUGAAAACACCAUUCCUCGUGUCUUUCUGUGACCGCUCACUGUCUUAACUUCAUUGUCUAACAAUCAAAUCACAGUUUCAGCCUCAGCGCAGUGGCUCCUGUGUUAACUGAUGAGACCUCACAUGUUCAUCGUCUAGUGCUCAAAGGACUGCUACUAUUAGCCAAAAGUGCCAAUGACGAAGACAGGUUGUCAUAAGAGCAUGGCACUAUCUUUUCUAAGUAAUGAAAUCACUGUGAGCAUCCAGAUAUGUCAGUAAUCUGAAAUUAUCUGUGAUCCUGGAAAUUUUGCACCUGCAGCAUCAGCACUGAUCAAAUAAAAGGGUUACUUCACAGAGUAGGAUGACGAAGGCCACUGCCAUGCAAGCUUUUCAGAACGAUGUUUACAUUUAAAUUUUGCUUUAUUUCAAGGAUAAUUGUUUUAUUCUGUCAAGAUCCAGAUGUUGCACUGCUCAGGAAAAUUUUCAUGACUAUGUUUAAGAAAUGAAAAUGGUUUUUGUAAGAAAUUCUGUAAAUGUAUUCAUUGAAUAAAAUACGUUUCAAU